AAAGAAAAAAAUAAAAUAAAAUAAAAAAGAAGAAAAUAAAAUCAUUAGAGUAUAAGUUUUAUUUUUGGGUUACGAAACACAAACAUUUUACAAAGCAAAAAGUUUAAAGAGACUGCUGCAUAUCCAUUUUGUGUUUAUAGAAAAUAUUACAAUUUUAAAUAAUUAAGUUAAAAUCAAAUAAUCCAAACAAAUUGAACUGUGCAAGGACAAAGAAAGAAAAUAAAAGAAAAAUGUUUCAUAUACCGUAUCACCGUGAAAAUAUUUUGUUUCGCGAGGCGUACAGUGAUGCUUCAGCACUCAAAAAAGAUAUUUCCCACUUAUCGGAUCACAUGAAGCAUUCACUGGAAAUGGGUAGAUCGGCUGAUAAUGUAUCGGGUCUUGUGUCACCUAACGGAUCACUGAUAAAUGUCAAUUCUGACUUAUCAAUGCGAAACAAAAACAAAAGAGACCGACUUGUUAAUUUCAAAAAGUCACACAUCAGCCAUUCAACUGGUGACUUAAAUCUUAAUCGAAUAAAUUUGUCACUAUUUGGCGAUGUACAGUUAAAUGACUCGCAAUUUUUUGAGGUCAUGUAUGUUGGUAAGAUUCGUGUAUCACACAAAAAGUUGCCGAAAACAUUCAUCGACGAUGCAAUACCAAAAUUUAUAGCACACGAUAAAAUGAAAAUGAAAAGCCUAGAAAUAAAUGAAAAAUCAAUACAAGACUUGGAGCAUCAAAGUUUGUCAGAUGUUUCUGUGAUACAAAACGAAAUAAGAAGAAUAUCAACAAAAGAUAAGGAUGAUCAAAGUGGAAGUGAUACGUCUAGUGUGCAUAGUGUAGAGUUGAAAAAUAAUGACGUCGAUGAGACAAAAUCUAAAGAUGUGCCAGAAAUUGAAAACUCAAGACAAAAAUUAUUUCAAAGAUCUGAGUCAAUGAAAGUCGAAGAUUUACCGAAGAGACAUAGAUCAGCUUCGAUUGGUUCAAUGGAACAAAAUAGAACAAUGGUGUAUAUACUUGGAAGAACUGAUUUAAGAUUAAUCAGCCCAGAUAGAAAACAAGUUUUGCUUCACAAAAAGUUUGAAGAUGUCGUUAAUGUAGUUCAAGGAACUGAAAAUUUUGAACAUUUUGGGAUUAUAUGUAAUGAACUUAAGGAUAAUAAGCAAGAAUUUAUUGGAUAUGUUUUUAAAUGUCAAUCUGGAAGUAUUGCUCAUGAUAUUGUCAACUCAAUGAUAAAGUCACUGGAAGUUCUUGAAGAAGAUAAAAGGCAGGAUCAAAUCAACGAGGAUGAACGAAAAUCCCAAGUAUUAUUGACAUGUGAACAUUGUCCUAUGAUUUGGUUCAAUAAGCUAUGCUUAGCUGUGGAAGGUUUAAGCGAAAAGAAAGCUUAUAAUGUCAUCGUCAAGCACAUUGAAGAACUAAGUACAGAAGACUAUGAAAUACUAAUGGAAAAGUUCUUUGCAUCUGAUAAAGUUAACGAGUAUUCCAUACACGAAAGAAAUAAAUUUUUAAUGGCAUUAAUAGAAGCACAUUGUCAAUUGCGUCAGCAACGGCAUGUACACGAUACAAUCGAAAAUCGAUCAGAAUUCUUAAAUCAUUAUUUGGGUGGAAGUACAAUUUUAAUGAAGGCUAAACGGUCACUAACAAGCUCAUUUGAUCAAUUUUUAAAACGAAGGGGAAGUAAAGACUCAGCUGAUCACACUCCACACGAAGAUGACAUAAGAAAGUUGAAACUUGGAAGAUCUGCAUCAUUAUCACCAAAUGCUUCAACUGUGUUUACUUUUAAAAAUGGAACUGAUGAUAGGAAGCAGAUGAAUACAUCAAAGAUGGAAAUGUUUCUGAAAGUCGGAAACACAACAAAGGAAAAGAAUUCUCAAAAUGGCUCAUGGAGACAUAAUAUUCUUAAGAAUGUGACUGACAAUGAAAUGUCUAAAAUCCAUAUUGAUGAAUCAAUUAAUCUCCUACCCAAAAAGACAAAACAAAAACAAUUAACAAGGAGCAAAAGAAGCAAUCAGGAAUUGCGUGAGCUUUGGAAAUUUGCUGGCAAACAAAUAAUUAUGUUAAUUCGUAUGGAAAAGGAAAAUACACGACUUCUAGAGCAGCAAAAUGAGCAUGAAAUUCGUAGACUCAAAUUAAAUUACGAUGAAUUAAUAAUCUGCGACCAAAAGCUUGUGGAAGUCUGGGAAAAAUUCAUUUAUCAAGCAUCUAAGAAUGAAGUUGACAAUAGACUGUUCUUACAAACUAUAAAAAGUGGUGUGCCUCGUAUUGUUCGCGGUGAAGUGUGGAAAAUGCUUGCAAUGCAGUAUAACAAGUCUCAUCAAGUACCUGAUCAUUCUGAAUAUCCAAACUUUAAUGUGCCUUACAGUGAAAUAUUGAAAAAUUUGACAGAACAGCAACAUGCUAUAUUCAUGGAUAUUGGAAGAACCUUUCCUAAUCAUGAAUAUUACAAAGCUCCAUUUGGAAUGGGACAACUUUCACUCUUUAAUAUACUUAAAGCAUACUCAAUUCUCGAUGUGGAACUGGGUUAUUGUCAAGGUCUUGCUUUUAUAUGCGGUGUAUUGCUUCUUCAUCUGAACGAAGAUGAUGCUUUUGACUUACUGAAACAUUUGAUGUUUGACAGGCAAUUGAGAUUGAAUUAUCUACCAGAUAUGAAGCAUUUCCAACUCCAACUAUAUCAAAUGUCUCGUUUAAUAAAAGACAAUUUACCGGAUAUCCAUGAAUUAUUUGAAACAAAUGAUGUAGCAACAACACUUUUUGCAUCAAGUUGGAUGUUGACAAUAUUUUCAUCCUCAUUUGAGUUAGGAUUUGUGACUAGAGUUUAUGAUUUACUGCUAUACGCAUCGUAUGAAGUUGUAUUUCGUGUCGUACUAGCUCUCUUGGAAAUUCAUAAAGAAGAACUGCUUAAACUCGACAAUUUUGAGGAUUUAAUGGACUAUUUGAAAAAUGUCAUCCCAAAAAUAAAUGAAAUACAGCUGUCACAGAUUUUAAAGCGAGUUUAUGAAUUGAAUAUUGCUAGGCAGCUCCUAGAUUACAAAAUUGAGUACAAUGUUUUAAAAGAUGAAAUUCAAAAUACGACGCAACAUGUCGAGAGUCUGAAAAUGGCACGUGAAGAUAUAAAGAAUCUUCAAAAGCAGGUACAAAUGGCAGAAUCUAAUGUGGAAAGACUUGAAGGCAUCCGUCAUUCACAACAACAAGAAGUUCAAUCCAUGCAAUCUCAAAUUCAUAGCUUAGAAGUUACGAUAGAAACUUUAGGAGAUUUCUUGACAUCCUUAACAAUCAAUCGCACUGACAUUGAUGUACCAACUGAUAUUAGAAGGUUACUUCAACAAUUUGAAUAUCAACAAAAUAAAUUUCAGCAACAGCAGACAAAGCGUAGACCAGUAUUUUUAGACAGAAAAAUUGGCAAGUCAGUUUCAGUAAACAACAGUUUGGGAAUGAGUUUGAAAGUGUUAAUUGAACAAAAUGAGAAUGAUCAUCAAACACCACCAUGUGCUAUAACUCCAAUACCUGAUUGUCCACAUAGUCCAUUAGUAAAAAAUCAAUAUUCUGAUAACUCAAUUGAACAAAACUUGAAACUAUUAAAUCGAGAUUCACCAGAGAAGCCUAAACUUGUUGAACAAGCUGCCAUAAAAGAAAGUCUUCAUGAAGAAAAUGAAGAAUUGGAAUGUUCCAUAUCAACACAAGAACAUCCAUUAACGUGUGAUGAUGUCAGUUUUCAAUUUAAUACGAUGCAAUUAAAGUCAAUUAAGACCAUAACUGCAUUCAAAAAGCAGACGUAAAGAGAAAGAUAAUAUUUUGUUAUAUGAUUCUAAUAUUUAGAGUAUGUACUUAUUGUUAUGCAGAAUAACUAGAUAAUAAAUUAUUUUUAAAACAUA